AUGAACGCAGACGCUUUAAUUACAUCACUAAAUUCACAUCACAUUUUAAAUUAUACCGGGACUAUGGAAUCUCUCAGUGGAAUAAAACGAUACAAACAAAUGCCGCUGCACUGUAAAGGAAUCUUUGACUGUAGUGAUGAAAUAAUUGGGUUUCGCAGAGGCGGGGGUAGUCGAGUUGUGUACCGUUUGGAAGCAGUAUUCAAAGGGGGAUUGAUAACGCGGAUCCCAUUUGCAAUUAUUGAUGAAAGCGGAGACGAAAUGCUCCGGGUGUCACAGCGAUACAUAAUGGAAGGGGUCAUUGCAAUGGACAACUUCACGGCGCAGCAACGUCUGUUUUUGAAUCAAAACUCAGUCUCUGCUAUCAAUCGCGAGUGUCUCGCAACAAAAUCACUGGAAGAUGAACUUACGUUCUGGGGAAAGGGUAUUGUGCUCUCAAACUACCGUGCAAGUUCAGAAUCUGGAACGGAGGAUUUCAACGUAGCAUGUGUAGAGCAUCGUCAGUGGGAUAUGGUGGUACGUGUCUUUAGUUAG